UUCUCAUUGCACAUAGGCAAAUCGGCAUCGAAGUACUCAGCACAUGCUGCUUCAUAUAUCAUCUGGAAAUGUUGAGUUUACCAGUUUGGGAAUAUUUGCAUUAAACCUUUCUUCGGCCCUGGAGCCUUUUGUGGCAGAUGAGUACAUUGAACGUCUGGCAUGGAGAACACCUGGAGGAGGUUCCAGAGGUGGAGCAGAAGCUUUUGAUCCCAAAAGAUUAUUAGAAGAAUUUGUAAAUCAUAUCCAAGAACUACAGGUAAUGGAUGAAAGGAUUCAGAGAAAGGUGGAGAAGCUAGAACAGCAUUGCCAGAAAGAAGCUAAAGAAUUUGCCAAAAAAGUACAAGAGCUGCAGAAAAGCAACCAGGUUGCCUUCCAACAUUUCCAAGAACUAGAUGAGCACAUCAGCUAUGUAGCAACUAAGGUCUGUCACCUUGGUGACCAACUGGAGGGGGUAAACACACCACGGCAACGGGCUGUGGAGGCUCAGAAACUGAUGAAAUACUUUAAUGAGUUUCUGGAUGGAGAGCUGAAGUCUGAUGUUUUUACAAACUCUGAAAAGAUAAAAGAAGCAGCUGAUAUUAUUCAGAAAUUGCAUCUGAUUGCACAGGAAUUACCUUUUGACAGGUUUUCUGAAGUAAAAUCAAAAAUAGCAAGUAAGUACCAUGAUUUAGAGUUGCAGCUGAUUCAGGAGUUUACCAAUGCACAGAGAAGGGGGGAAAUCUCCAGAAUGCGUGAAGUAGCAGCUGUUUUACUUCACUUCAAGGGGUACUCCCACUGUGUUGAUGUAUACAUAAAACAAUGUCAAGAGGGAGCUUACUUGAGGAUUGAUAUAUUUGAAGAUACGGCCAACCUUUGUCAGCGAGUGAACAAACAAGUUGGAGAUAUCUUUAGUAGUCCAGAGACUGUAUUGGCCAAACUUAUUCAAAAUAUCUUUGAAAUCAAACUUCAGAGUUAUGUAAAGGAUCAGUUAGAAGAACACAGGAAGUCAGAUGCAGAACAGUAUCUUAAGAAUCUUUAUGAGCUGUAUACAAGAACGACUAAUCUUUCAAGCAAAUUGAUGGAGUUUAACUUGGGCACUGAUAAGCAGACUUUCUUGUCUAAGCUUAUCAAAUCUAUUUUCAUUUCCUACUUGGAGAAUUACAUUGAGGUGGAAAUUGGUUAUUUGAAAAGUAGGAGCUCUAUGAUUCUGCAACGUUAUUAUGAUUCCAAAAACCACCAGAAGAGGUCCAUUAGCACUGGAGGUAUUCAAGAUCUGAAAGAGAGAAUAAGACAACGUACAAACUUGUCAUUGGGUCCAAGUAUUGAUACCCAUGGGGAAACUUUUCUCUCCCAAGAUGUGGUGGUUAACCUUUUACAAGAAACCAAGCAAGCUUUUGAAAGAUGUCAUAGACUCUCUGAUCCUUCUGAUUUACCGAAGAAUGCAUUCAGAAUUUUUUCCAUGCUUGUGGAGUUCUUGUGUAUUGAACAUAUUGAUUAUGCCUUGGAAACUGGGCUUGCUGGCAUUCCUUCUCCUGACUCUAAGAGUGCAAACCUUUAUUUUCUGGAUGUUGUACACCAGGCCAAUACUAUUUUCCACUUGUUUGACAAGCAGUUUAAUGAUCAUCUCAUGCCAUUAAUCAGCUCAUCUCCUAAGUUAUCAGAAUGCCUUCAGAAGAAAAAGGAUAUAAUAGAACAAAUGGAGAUGAAACUGGAUGUGGGCAUUGAUAGGACACUAAAUUGUAUGAUUGGACAGAUGAAGCACAUCUUGACCGCAGAGCAAAAGAAGACAGAUUUUAAACCAGAAGAUGAAAACAGUGUUGUAAUUCAGUAUACGAAUGCCUGUGUCAAAGUAUGUGGCUAUGUCAGAAAGCAAGUAGAAAAGAUUAGAAAUUCUAUGGAUGGUAAGAAUGUGGAUACAGUUCUGAUGGAGCUUGGAGUUCGUUUUCAUCGACUUAUAUAUGAACAUCUGCAGCAAUAUUCCUACAGUUGCAUGGGAGGCAUGUUAGCAAUUUGUGAUGUGGCUGAAUACAGAAAAUGUGCCAAAGACUUUAAGAUUCCACUUGUGCUACAGCUUUUUGACACCCUCCAUGCACUUUGCAAUCUUUUGGUUGUAGCACCUGAUAACUUAAAGCAGGUCUGCUCAGGAGAACAACUUGCUAAUCUGGACAAGAACAUCCUUCACUCCUUUGUUCAGCUGCGAGCUGAUUAUAGAUCUGCUCGCCUUGCUCGCCACUUCAGCUGAGAGUACUGAUGAAAAAUGAUGUACCAUUGCCAGGCAGUGGGUGUUUAAAAGCACAGGGAGUGAUUUUAUUAAACAGUUGUAAUUUUUGUGGGACAAUGACUGUUCAGAACAAAACAGCAGCCAUAUUUAAACCAGACUUUAUUUGAAUAAGGUCAGAAGAGCUAAUCCUUAAUUCAUAUCCCAUAAACUACAUGCCACUAAUUUUCCAUUGGAAAAAUGUUGGUGGAGAAAGGCAAGUGAUUAACUGAAAGUAUUUUAGUCCUCAAUCUUGAAUUAUCUGAUACCAUUUGUUAGACUUUAACUACAGAGCAUAGCAUAGGUAAUGGAUUACACGAAUAGAAUUGUGUAAAAACAUUCUUCAUCAAUUUUAAUGACUUCAACUUCAGCGCAGCUAAUCAUAAUCAAAUUAUCUUUGUUGAUUGGUGUUUCUAAGUAAUUUCAUUCUUUCAAAAUGUUUCCCACUCAAUACAAUUUCUUGCUUUAAUUAAUUAGCUUUGAAUUUCUUUGAGAUGUUGGAGUAACAGAAACACUAUCCCAAGAAAGAUGUAAUUUAUUCAUUGUACAGAACUUUAAUUGGAGAGGGUUUUUUUGUUGUUGUUGGAGCCCACUGGAAUGUAUCAGAUCUGUACAAACACUUGGCACUCUGUUUAUCUGUCAGAUAAUAGCACCUUUCAUUUAGGAACAUAUUUAAAAUGAAUGCAACCACCUAGCUUUAGAUUUCAUUACUGCAAGGUGAAGAUGCUUGUUGUUUAACAUAAUAGAAAGUUGUUUCUGUUUUUUAUUCUGUACAUAAACAAAUUGGGAUAGUAACAGAAGUGAAUGGAUGAGAGAGAGCCCACACAUUCAUCUGUAUAUGGGAAGUAUUUGAGUUAAAUCUAGCAAAAAUCCAUAGCUCAAAUUACCUGUCCUAAAGUUAAAUUAAUUUCAGUAUCUGAGCAACAUGAAAUAGUUAAAGAUGCAGACGCUUCUAUUCUCCAGAUAUAACUUUAAUGCUGGGAAUAACUAUUAUUGUAUGUGUAUUUAAACAAUAGGAAUAUACACAAGGUGCCUCUGAGAUGGAUCAGUGUUGGGUACAGUAGUUGAAGUAGGGGGGAUGGGGUAAUAUUUCCCAACAGUUGAAAAAUCUGUAAUAAGUAGAGACCUCUUUACAGCAAGAGAGUUCCUGUGAAAACCAGAUAGGAACAUUGCGUUGUUUCAGUGUUCUCAAUUCCACUCACCAUCACUGUGUGGGUCAUCUGUAGGCUUAGCAUAUUUUCUGAGAAUUUCUAUUUCUUCAGAGUAAAUUUUCCUAAAAUCUGCCUUGUCCCUCAGUUACAGCUCUCUUUUGCCAAAUUUUUUUUAAAACUUCCCAGGCUCAGUCAAUAUUAUUUUUUCCUUUAUUUUAUAUUGAGCAGAGUAUUAUAUUGGUAAGAGAAAUUAUGUUUGCCAGGAUUUCUUCCAAAAUAUUCUGGGAACUGUGGCAGUUUUGUUCAGAUGUAUAGCUCUAUUCCUGGGCCAUGGCAGAAUCACAGAGAGUUCUGGAAGCUGGAGGGGGCACAUGCUUGUACUGUUGCCAUUUUUAGAAAGCUCUGAUGUGAAUUCAAAUUAUACCUCUGUUACCUCUGUAACUUAAAGCCAAUAAUUUUAGGACAGUGGCUUUUACUAACCAAUAUAAAAUCUUGUACAAAAAGUAUCAAUUUGUUAAUGCUUCAGAACAGUAAACAAACCACUAGGCAACAUUUUAACACUGCAAAUUACAGAAGUACUUCAAAAUGUCUUGUGUUGUAAAUUUCUUGUUUUGAAUUUUAUUUGAAAAUUAUAUAAAAUGUACUCACUAUUGUUUACUUUACCUGUGGUGUUUUCCAUGCAUAAGUUCAGUGCAAUAUUCUUUAUGUCCAUUCAAAAUAAGGAUGAGGUAACAAUAGGUAACUACUUAGAUAUGUAAACAAUAAAAAAUAUUCCCUCCA